AUGAUAAGCGCCACCAUGGUGACAGUUAAAAAAAACUGUGUUGCUCCCGCUAAAAAGCAGUUUCAGAAGCUGGGGCCUAUUUUGAUUACCACAAAGAGGAAGAAGAAGAAGAAGAAGAAGAAGAAGAAGAAGAAGCAAGAAUGGUGAAGGAAACUGAGUAUUACGAUGUUCUUGGUGUGAGUUCGUCGGCUUCCGAGGAGGAGAUUCGCAAGGCUUAUUAUGUUAAGGCGAGACAAGUUCACCCAGAUAAAAAUCUAAAUGACCCUCUGGCCGCCGAAAGAUUCCAGGUUCUUGCUGAAGCUUACCAAAUCUUAAGUGAUCCAGUGCAAAGAGAAGCAUAUGAUAGAAAUGGAAAAUACAGUGUAUCGAAGGAAACCAUGCUUGAUCCAACAGCUGUAUUUGCUCUUCUUUUUGGAAGUGAGUCAUUUGAGGAUUACAUAGGACAUCUAGCUGUGGCAUCAAUGGCUUCUACUGAAUUAGCUGGGGAGGACAACAAUCCUGAAAAACUGCAUGAUAAAUUGAAGGCAGUCCAGAAAGAAAGAGAAGAAAAGCUUGCAAGAACGCUGAAGGAUUUUCUUAAUCAAUACGUCCGAGGUGACAAAGAGGGAUUCUUGCAGCAUGCAAAAUCUGAAGCUAGGCGGCUGUCUGAUGCAGCUUUUGGAGUAGACAUAUUGCACACAAUUGGGUACAUAUACUCGCGACAGGCUGCUCAGGAGCUUGGAAAGAAAGCAAUUUAUCUUGGGGUGCCAUUUUUAGCUGAGUGGGUUCGUAAUAAAGGACAUUUCUGGAAGUCACAAAUCACUGCAGCAAAAGGUGCUUUUCAGCUACUACAACUUCAAGAAGACAUUCGAAGACAAUUUAACAUGGAUGGCAGUGCCCCUGAGAAUGAUGUUGAAUCACAUAUUCGUUUGAACAAAGAAACAUUGAUGAGCUCAUUAUGGAAAUUGAAUGUAGUAGACAUAGAAGUAACCCUAGUACACGUGUGCCAAAUGGUGCUACAUGAAAAUAAUGGGAAGAAGGAAGAACUUAAGGCUCGCGCUCAUGCUCUAAAAUGUUUAGGGAAGAUAUUUCAGGAAAAGCAAGGGCGAAAUGGGGCCACAUCAGGGAGGAAAAAUGAUACAGAAACAGAUGAUGAUGGAAGCAGUUCUGAUAGCAGUGACGAAGAUGAUUCACCCAGAGCGCUUUCAUACCGAACGCCCAUACUUACUCAGGGUAUUGGUAGACUCUUCAGAUGCCUCUGCAAUCCAGCAUUCGAUGUGGACGAUGAUGAAAUUGUAUACAGAAGUAAAUGAGGAGGGGAUGAUAACAGAUUGCUGUGUUGUCAAAGUUUGAUAAUGAAUACGGAAACAGCAACGAACAUUUUUUCAUUUGAGGAUUCAGUUCUAAUAGCAGAAUGGCGCAAGCCAUUUUGGUUUGUGUUGGAUUCUGUACUGCAAAAACAGUCUGUGCAGAGACAUAAAACAUCGGAUGACAUUUUAUUAAAAGGGAAGCAUCAACAUGACACCAUCAAAUGUAAAAAUACUCCUACCUCUUAUUUUUAGUGCUUGCUUCAUUUGUCAAACUAGUCCAAGCAAAAUAGUCUGCCACAAGCUACUCCGACCAUGAGACUUGGAGGUCUCUUUUUCUUCUUCUUUGCAAAUUAAGCUUUAUUACAGUAUAUGAACACACCCACAUAUA